CUUGGUGGUUCCCUGUCCGAUCGAGGAGUUUGGAGACAAUUGUGAGACGAUUGAGCAUUUGGAUUUGUCUGAGAAUUUUUUGGUUGGAGGGAUUCCUAGUAAUUUAAUGAAAUGUGGGAAUUUGAGGUUAUUAUUGUUUUCAAAUUUGUUUGAAGAAAUUAUUCCACGUGAACUCGGUAAGCUUGAGAAGAUGGAAGUGUUGGAUGUGUCAAGGAACAGUCUUGGUGGGUCAGUACGUCCUGAGCUUAGAAAUUGUACGAGAGGGGACAGUUUGUUGGAUCAUUUGACUUUUGUGAAUGAAGAUUUCAAAAUUGUUUGCUUGUACGCGCUAUGCAUAGAUUUGGUGCCUAUUUUACUAUCCCCUGAAUUUAUGACACCUGAGCUAUAUGACGAGAACUACAAUGAGUUAGUUGAUAUAUAUCCUUUUGGAACGUGGAGAUGGUUGCUUUUGAACAUCCUUACCGUUAUAAAGCGUGCUGCCCUCUUUAAGGUUAAAGAUCCAGACGUAAAACAAUUUAUUAAAAAAUAUCUAGUCCCAGCAUCUGAAAGACUGUCAGCGAAAGAGCUUCUGAUUGACCUUUUUCUUGAUGUGAAUGGAUUUACCUUUUUACUUUUUAUUGGAAAUGUGAUGAUGAAUGAUCGGAUCGAUGGAUACGUACAAUUUAACGACAGUGUCGGCACAUCCGUCAACCUUAAGAAGCCAACAGACACGACGAAAGUAAAUGAUCUUGUAAAUCAACGGGUGGGGGCGAGGGCUCGGGACUCCCUCCGGGGCAAAGGUGUUCCCAUGAAGUUCGUUGAAGAUUAA